AUGUCCCUCUCUUUGUCUGCUUCUGCGACAGAAGUCAACGGCAAUGGUAACGGUAUCGACUCAGGCUCAUCGGACUCGAAGUUCCCCCAUACCAAAGCCCAGCUCUCACUGAUCGCGCGGCAGAGCAAAUCCCCAGACAGCUACGACAGCGACGCUGAAGGGGAUGACCAGAACCGCGUCUCGUUGAAUCUAGCCUCGAAAGUCGUGUUCUACCUCGACAAUGAGUUGGAGGAUGAUCUGAAGAAGUUGCUCAAGGACAGCUUCGGGCUCGAUGAUGAAACGCUAGAGCAGAGUGUGCUGGACCUUAUGCACAAGCAUCGCGACGAUGUCGCAGGUGUCCCAUUCCUGUUCCUGACACCGACUCGUCGCCCUAUUUCCCGGCCAUCGUCUAGAGCUUCUUCGCAUUCUACACGGCUCUACCCCGCAAGGCCUGAUACCCCGACUUCGGCUCCGACUUCACCUCUCGCUAUGGUCUUCCGUAGACCCCACACUCCCGUCACGUCGCCUCUGGCAGGUGGCACUAAUGGGCAGCCGUCAUCUUAUAUGUCAGCUCGCAGCUUGGAAGGGUAUUCACCGCACUCUUCCCCAGUGCUAGCUCACGCGCAAGCUACCCAAGCACAUGCUCAGUAUACAGCAAGUUUACCCGCUUCGCCGCUAUCAUCCCCUCGAUUGCUCAACGCAAAGGCCUCUGAAUUCAAGCCCAUUCAGCGGCCGCUGUCCGCGGCGUCAUUCAUCCCGGGAUUCUCGCAUUCUGUUCAGCGCUCGGAUACACCAUCACCUGAUCUAUGGGCACACAAUUCCCCUCGCGCCACGUCGAAUCUGGCUAUUGCUGCUCCAUUGAUACCGGAGCAAUCUAACAGCAGCUCAUCACUCCGCUCAUCCCUCCAGCCGGAAGAUGACGACGACGACGUCGAUUUCGACCCAUUUUCGAACAAAGAUAUUACCCCGUUCCCCAUCACUGUCUCUGAUUUUGAUACGCCGUGGUCAACCACCAAUUCGAACGCCUCCAUGUCGCCGGAAGACUACCGCUACUUCGAUAAUUUGGGAUACCAGCAUCCCUACUACACAGAUAUGGACACUCAGUCCCCGCCUGAAAGCAAUGAUCCUGACUCUGAGAACUUCAUGCUCACUGACGGCAUGACUCCAUUCGAUGUUCUUAGCUCUGUAUUUGGUUCGACAUUGGCCCCGUCUGAAUUAGAAGAUGCCCUGGCUAACAAUGGCUACGACUUCGAGCGGUCGAUGGCAUGGCUCAUUGAUCGCUCCCUGCCCACGACGACCCAAGGCCAUCAAGUUCGAGUGCAACAGAUGGGUGGCCGAGUGACUGUAGUGUCCCGAGAUGGGCAGAACGGGCAAGGUAAUAUACCCAUUCGAGGUGGUAGGGCUGGGUACAACAACACUAGUCCUCCAGGACGCCCUGGUGCCCGAUACGUCAACGGAAGGCCUGUCCAAGGUGGAAACCGCGUUUGCAGAUACUUCGUAGCAGGAGAAUGUCUCCGAGCCGAUUGUCGUUUCAGCCACGACCUAGAAAGGGCUUUGUGUCGAUUCUGGCUCCGUGGUACCUGUGCUAAAAACGAGUCGUGCGAGUUCCUGCACCAUCUUCCCAAGGAUGUGGAUAUCAAUAGUCUCAAUGCAGCCGUCGCCCGAGCACAUAUAGGUCCAGGGCAGGGUCCUUUAGCCCCUGCCCACGCUGCGCCUGUAGACGAAUUCCCCGUUUUGAAUUACGAAGGCGGCGAUGGCAGAGCUCGCAGAGGUGGCGGCGGGGGCUACUACGACCCAAGUCGGACGCGCUUCUCGGCCGCAGUAAAGAAACCCGCAGCCGAAUCACCAGCCGCCGUAGCAGCUCGCCGCGAAGUCAUGGGUAGCAACGCCGAUGCCCUCCACAAUAUAACAGCGAUCAUCGCACCUAGGCCGUCACCAAGGCUGAAGUUGCACCCACCCACCUUGCUGCCGACCCUGCCCACCGGCGAGGCUUUGAACGGGCUGUACAUGUCGUACCGUUCUCGGGCGCUGCAGCUGGGUGCGGCUCGAAAUGCCUGCUUGUCCCGCGCUGCCGCUGCUUGGCGACGUGGCGAUGGCGCAUCCGCAAAGCGGUUCAGCCGCGAGGGGCACGAAUUGAACGCCAAAAUGAGCACUGAGAUGGCGGAUGCGGCGGGUAAACUCGUUCGAGAGCGUGCGAAGACAGCAGAGCAAGCUGUGCGGGCGAGGGAUGUGGCCUGGUCUGACGAUCCUGGCGACCGAGCGAGCCGUGGUCGCCCGUGCGGAGGUGGUCUCGGGAUUUGCCUGGGGAUUGCCCGACGUGACACCGGGGAUGGCAAGCUGACAUCCGAGGAAAGAACAGAAUGUGUGCUGGACUUGCAUGGGCUGCAUUCCAAUGAGGCGACUGAGGUGCUGGAGCAGUUCUUGUUGUUGCUUGAACGCGAGCAUUUUUACGGAUUAGCGUACAUCGUCGUUGGCGAGGAAAAACAUACGGGUACUCAGGAUGCUGCCCGCGGGGCCUCCAGGCUGCGCCUAGCAACUGGCGUUCGCGAAUGGCUUCACCGCUGGGGUUACCCUUGGAGUGAACGAGACGGGAUUAUAGCGGUUGAUGCGCUAACACAUGCGUCGGAAUAG